AUGAAAUCAGUCUAUAUUUUUUUUCUCUUGGCCGCUCUGAUCUUCACCGACCCCACGCCAGCCAAUGCCACGCCUCUUGAAAAGAAAUGGCUUAAACAAUGUUGUCCUGUUUCUAGAUGUGUAUUUACGCAAGGUGACUCUCCCCUGAGACCACCCAGAUUCUUUGGCAAUACAUUUGACGGGUUUCUUGAAUUUACGCAGUCGCCCAGAGACACUUUGCAAAUCAGUGGUUUUAUCGAUAUUAGGGGUACAAUAAACGGAGCAGUUGAAGCUUUUUAUGAUAUUCACGUGGCCAAGUGUAGCACGGCCUUUACCGAUUCACCUGGAGACCUUGCCACCAUCGACUUGGACUUGGAGUCUUUCGGCACGCCAAUCCUCACAUCCGUAAAUCUACCAAUUAGCAGCAUCAGAGACCAAUGUUGCUUUGUCGUGGAAGAAUUUGCAUCAAUUCGUGGAUCGGUUCCUCCUAACGAAAGAAUUUUGGGAAUUGCACCAGUAGAAGCUGUUAGCAAUGAGGCUUUGCCUCUACGUGAAAAAUUGUCCCAGUAUAUAGGGUUCGAGCCUGAAAAGAUCUGUCUCCCAAUCACAGAAGAAGAUAGACAGCUUUUUCAGAAAUUAAUAGCAGAUCAAGAGGAGAUUGCGGAUAUUGUAAUAAAUGAGUAUAGAUUUUUGCAACAUCAUGGACAUAAUUUUAAAGGUGGGAAAUUAAUACAUAUAAUGUGGGUAUAUAUAUGUACUGAAAAAGAAGUUGAGAAAGUAUUGAUAGAGGUACCUCCAUCGAAGAUAUUAUCGAGAAAGGUUCUGACACAUAUUGAAAAAAGAUUUGACGUGAUUAGACCUCUCGAUCUUAUUAUCCCUGGCUAA